UAUCAACAAAUCUGGGGUCUCAUUUAUGGUUUGUUUGGAUUCACUUCGUGCCUUCCAUUACGGACAUCUUUGUUUACCCUGUGGAUUUUUCGACGCUAGCACGCCACUGAGGCCUAUAACAAAGCAUCAGAGUUUACCUCCCAACAGCAAAACAAAGAGAAUGAGCUUUCUCACUCUCUGCUUCUUCUCUCUCUUUCUCUCAGUUUUCCCUCUUCUCACUUCUUCUUAUUUACUAUUUCAGGGGUUCAAUUGGGAGUCAUGUAACAAGGCAGGAGGAUGGUACAACUCGCUAAAAAACUCAGUUCCUGAUUUGGCUAAUGCCGGAAUUACUCAUGUCUGGCGUCCUCCAUCCUCUCAGUCCGUUGCACCACAAGGAUAUAUGCCAGGCAGGCUUUAUGAUCUGAGCGCAUCAAGAUAUGGAUCACAGGAUGAAUUGAAAUCACUAAUUGGGGAUUUCAACCAGAAGGGAAUUAAAUGCCUAGCAGACAUUGUCAUAAACCAUAGAACUGCUGAGAAGCAAGAUGAGAGAGGAAUAUGGUCCGUUUUUGAAGGUGGAACUUCUGAUGAUCGCCUUGACUGGGGGCCAUCCUUCAUUUGUGCCGAUGACACUACCUAUUCUGAUGGCAAAGGAAAUCCUGAUUCAGGAGAUGACUUCGAGCCUGCCCCUGAUAUUGACCACCUCAAUCCAAGAGUUCAGAGAGAAUUAUCAGAUUGGAUGAAUUGGUUAAAGUCUGAAAUAGGAUUUGAUGGAUGGCGAUUCGACUUUGUCAAGGGUUAUGCUCCCAGUAUUACCAAAAUUUACAUGGAAAAUACUUCACCAGAUUUUGCUGUUGGUGAAAAAUGGGACUCUCUUGCUGAUGGUCAGGAUGGAAAGCUUGACUAUAACCAGGAUGCGCACCGCGGCAGUAUAAGAGAUUGGAUUCAAGCAGCUGGUGGUGCUGUCACAGCAUUUGAUUUCACAUCUAAAGGGAUACUUCAAGCUGCUGUGCAGGGAGAGUUAUGGAGGUUGAAGGACUCAAAUGGAAAGCCACCAGGAUUGAUAGGCCUCUUGCCACAAAAUGCGGUGACUUUCAUUGACAAUCAUGACACCGGGUCUACUCAACAGAUUUGGCCAUUUCCAUCCGAUAAAGUCAUACAGGGAUAUGCCUACAUUCUUACCCAUCCAGGGACGGGGUCCAUCUUUUAUGAUCACUUCUUUGACUGGGGCCUAAAGGAAGAAAUUGGGAAAUUGGCAACAAUCAGGAAAAAUUACGGGAUUGGCUCUACCAGCACUGUGAAUAUUUUAGCCUCUGAUGCUGAUCUUUAUGUGGCAGCAAUUAAUGAUAAUAUAAUCAUGAAAAUUGGACCCAAAACCGAUCUCGGAAACCUUAUCCCCUUAAACUUCCAGGUUGCUACAUCUGGAACAGACUUUAUCAACCAAAGGCAAAAGGGUAAUUCUGAAACAGGGUUUGCAAGUCCAAAAUUAUACAUAAAAAGACCAAAAACUAGUGAAGAAUUAAGGAAAUAUACAUGCAUGGUGUGGAUGUUCUUCAGUAGACCCUCACAAUGUCAAAGCCAGGCACUUGAUGAAGGAAACCCAACUGUAGACCCUCACAAUGUCAAAGCCAGGCAACCCAUUGGCAACCUUCUCACAGUGCAUAUUAAAACCUUCCGUACCAACGGCCAAAUCUCGCGCCAAAAAAGUGCGAUCCUAGGAAAAAGCAUGAACUUGGUCCCUCAUACAUGGCUAUCCUCUCCAAAGCCCAGUCUCUUUUUCUUUCACUCUUUACUCAAAUCUCACAUUGAAACACACAGCCCAAAAUCAGCAUUACUUCUGUUUCGUCACUUGUUACAAUCCAAUCUGAAACCAAAUGAUCUUACGUUUUCAUUACUUCUUAAAUCCUUCACUUCAUUUCCACUAAAUGAAAAACUAGAAGCCAAUCAGAUUCAUACCCACUUGCUAAAAUCUGGGUUUGACCAGUUUGUCUAUAUAAGCACUGCUCUUCUUGAUUUUUACAUGAAACUGGGAUGUGUACAUUCUGCACGCAACCUGUUUGGUCAUAUGCCUGAAAGAGAUGUUGUUUCUUGGAAUGCGUUGAUUUGUGGGUGCUCGCGAAAUGGGUACGAUGUUGAUGCUUUGGAGAGUUUUGUUCAAAUGCUUCGAGAGGGUUUUUCUCCUCUUCAAACUACUUUGGUUGUUUUGGUUCCGUAUUGUGGAUGGCAUGAGUUUGUGUUUCAAGGGAGAUCUAUUCAUGGGUUUGGUAUCAAGGCUGGUAUUGAUCUGGAUUCUCAAGUGAAAAACGCACUUACGUAUAUGUAUGCUAAAUCCGGGGACUUGGAAGCGGCUGAGCUUUUGUUUGAAGAAUUAGUGGACAAAAGUGUUGUUUCUUGGAAUACCAUGAUUGGUGCUUAUGCCGGAAAUGGUUUCUUUAAUGAGUCAAUGCUUGUGUUUAAACGAAUGGUAGAGGAAAAAGUGGAGGUCAACCCAGUUACUAUUAUGAGCCUUUUACCAGCAAAUAUUAGUCCUGAACUGAUCCAUUGUUAUGCUAUCAAAAUUGGACUUAUCAAUAAUGGCUCAGUACUUACUUCACUAGUUUGUUUAUACGCAAAGUGUGGGAGUACUGAAUUAGCAGAACUGCUUUACUGGUCUUUUCCACAGAAAAACUUGGUUUCAUUAACUGCAAUUAUUUCGAGCUAUGCUGGAAAAGGAAACAUGGAUUUGGUGGUGGAGUGUUUUUCUAGAAUGCAGCUGUUGGAUAUGAAACUGGAUUCAGUUGCUAUGGUUAGCAUCCUUCAUGGAAUCACAGACCCUUCUCAUAUGAGUAUCGGAAUUGCUUUCCAUGGCUAUGCAUUAAAGAAUGGUUUGGAUACCCAUAAUUUGGUUUCUAACGGGCUAAUAAGUAUGUACUUCAAGUUCAAUGACAUAGAAGCUGCCUUCUCUUUGUUUUAUGAAAUGCCUGAAAAACCAUUAAUCAGUUGGAAUUCGGUUAUAUCUGGCUGUGUGCAGGCUGGAAGGGCGAGUGAUGCCAUGAAGUUUUUCUGUCAAAUGAAGAUGUUUGGACCGAGUCCUGAUACUAUUACUGUUGCUAGUUUACUGACUGGUUGUUCCCAACUCGGAUACUUACGGUUAGGGGAGAGACUUCACAACUACAUUCUUAGAAACAACCUAGAAGUGGAAGACUUUGUUGGGACGUCUCUUAUAGACAUGUAUACCAAGUGUGGAAGCAUUCUGCUCGCAGAAAGGGUGUUCAAAAGCAUCAGAGAACCGUGUGUAGCUACUUGGAACACUAUGAUUUCAGGCUAUAGUUGGUAUGGCCUGGAACAUAAUGCUCUAAAUUGUUACUCUAAAAUGCGAGAACAAGGGCUAGAGCCUGAUAGAAUAACCUUCUUGGGAGUUUUAGCUGCUUGUGUCCACGGUGGUCUUCUACAUGAAGGGAAAAAGCACUUCCAGAUCAUGAAAGAAGAAUUUGGUAUGGUACCAAAUUUGCAACACUGUGCUUGCAUGGUUGGUCUCCUAGGCCGUGCAGGUUUAUUCGAGGAAGCAUUAUUAUUCAUCAAGAACAUGGAAUCCGAGCCUGAUUCUGCAGUUUGGGGUGCUUUGCUUAAUGCUUGUUGCAUCCAUCAAGAGAUCAAACUUGGAGAAUGUUUGGCCAAGAAGUUAUAUUUAUUGGAUUACAAAAAUUGUGGGCUCUAUGUAUUGAUGUCAAAUCUUUAUGCAGCCACAAAUAGGUGGAAUGAUGCUGCAAAGAUGAGGGAAAUAAUGAAAGAUAUUGGUGGGGAUGGCACUUCAGGACUCAGUCAAAUUGAAGUAACUUCAUCACGAGAAAUGGAUCCAGACUUGUACCAAGAAUUCCGUCAAUUCUAAUUUCUGCAAAAAUUCAGCUGGGUCUUUUUUUUUUUAUGGGUGGGUGUUAAGCGCAGCUGUCUGCUGUGGGCUGAGUAGAAGACCCAUGACCCAUAAUUGGUCAGUACAGGAUCCAGAUCUAAAAAGACUUGAAUAUGUCCACGCAAAUCUGACAUGUGGCAUCUACGAAAUUUCAAUUUAUUUUAUGUUUUUUAA